CCGGCUACUUUCAAUUUAACUUUGGCGGUAGAUUAUAUGAUGUCAGGUUUAGUGUCCUACUCUGACAGCGACGAGGAAAGAUCAGAGGAAAAAACCGAUAAAAACCCGGCCGAUAUAAGGGAAGGACGCAAUGCCAAAAGGUGUGGGUCCCCAGAGAUCAAUACAAUGACAAAGAGGUCGAAACAAUGUGUUUUGCCCCUCCCUGACACCAUCAGGUCUUUGUUUGCUGAAAAGUCUCGCCCACAUCAGGAUGACCCUGAGAAUCAUGGUGGACGGAUACGGUCAUUUGAGCAUGAGGAAGGAAGCUGGGCAACACAUAUACACAUCCCAUAUGACCAUGACCCACAAUUUGAUAACUUAGUCAGAGAAUUAUUGUUAUGUCUACGUCCACUGGACUUCAAGCCAAUGGAAAGUUUCCAUGUCAGUCUGUCUCGGACUGUGAGUUUACGUCACCACUGGAUCCAGUCCCUCACUGACUCACUCCAGGCCAAGGCACGAAACCUACACAAGUGUUACUGUGAGAUGUUGUCUGUGAAGUUAUAUACCAAUGACGAGAAGGCCAGGACAUUUGUGGCAGUGGAGGUUCAGUCUCACCCAGAUGUUCUGAGGGACUAUGUCCAAGCUGUUGACAUAUGCCUUCAAGAGUUUGGACUUCAGAAAUACUACAAGGACCCAUCAUUCCACUUAAGUGUAGGUUGGUGUGUUGGAAACGCCCUCUCUGAUGUCACUGGAGCACAAAGACAGCAGCUACAGGCAGUCCUGGACGAACAUCUACAUACCGAUCCUGACCUUAAACUCAUCCAUGUGGACCAGAUCCGGUGUAAGGCUGGCAACAAGUCCUUCACCUUCAGCCUGGGCACGUGACACCUAUUAAAUAUGUUUUAUAUUA